AUGUUUCAGAACACAUCCAUCUCUACAUUUCUGCUUCUAGAAUUCUCAGAGACUCGGGAACUGCAGAUUCUUCAUUUCACGAUGUUCCUGAUACUAUAUUUAGCGACUGUAACAGGGAACAUUUUUAUCAUCGCUGCAGUAGCAUCUGACCGCCAUCUUCACACACCCUUGUAUUUCUUCCUGAUGAACUUGGCUGUGCAGGAUUUGUGCUCUGUUUCAGUCAUUCUGCCCAAAUCCAUGCUGAAUUCCCUCCUGAAUACCAGGCAGAUCUCUUAUUCUGGAUGUGUUGCUCAGGUUCUUUUCUUUUUCUUUUUCUUGUCAUCAGAUUUUUUUCUUCUCACAGUCAUGGCAUAUGACCGGUACGUUGCCAUUUGUAAUCCACUGCACUAUGAAAUGGUGAUGAAUGAGCAAACUUGCAUCCGAAUGGUUGCUGCCGUGUGGCUUGCUGGUCUUGCUUAUGGGGUUUUACACACGAGUGGAACUUUUGUGACCCCUUUCUGCUCUAAUGUGGUGAAUCAGUUCUUCUGUGAGAUCCCCCAGUUACUUAAACUUGCCUGCUCUGACUUAUACCUAAUUGAAAUUGGAGUUGUAGCUUUAAGCGUUGCCAUUGGGUUAGGCUGCUUCUUCUUCAUUGUUGUGACCUACGUACAUAUCUUCACAGCACUCCUUCAAAUUUCUUCCAUGCAGGGAAGGCAAAAGGCAUUUGCAACUUGUCUUCCCCACAUCAUUGUAUUUUCCAUGUUUUUAUUUACAGGUAGUGUUGCUUAUUUGCGACCCACCUCUGACACUCCGUCAUAUCAGGAUUUGGUUUUUACAGUGAUAUAUUCAAUGCUUCCUCCUCUGCUGAAUCCAAUUAUUUACAGCAUGAGAAAUGAGGCAAUUAAGAAAGCUCUCUCAAAACUAUUUCGUGGAAAACAUGUUCUCUGA